GCCGCCGCUAUGUACGACCCCAGGCGCGACUGGAGCCUGUCCUUCUCGGGCUGCGGCUUCCUGGGCAUCUACCACAUCGGGGUGACAAGCUGCCUGAGCGAGCGCGCCCCGCACCUCCUCCGCGACGCGCGCAUGUUUUUCGGCUCCUCGGCCGGGGCGCUGCACUGCGUCACUUUCCUCUCUGGGAUGCCCCUAGACAAGAUCGUGCAUGUGCUCAUGGGCCUCGUCUAUGCUGCCAGGAGACGGAACAUUGGCAUCUUCCACCCGUCCUUCCGUGCGACUAGCUACAUUCGAGAACAUCUCCACAGACACCUGCCAGCCAACGUCCACACGCUCAUCUCUGGCAGAAUGUGCGUCUCACUCACCAGAGUGUCUGAUGGGGAAAGUGUGCUGGUGUCUGAUUUUCAGUCCAAAGACGAAGUUGUGGAUGCCUUGGUUUGUUCCUCCUUCAUCCCUUUCUACUGUGGCCUAAUCCCUCCUUCCUUCAGAGGCGUGCGAUACGUGGAUGGAGGAAUAACUAACAACAUCCCCUUCUUUGAUUCCAAAACGACCAUCACCGUGUCCCCCUUCUUUGGGGAGUAUGACAUCUGCCCUAAAGUCAAGUCCACAAACUUUCUUCACGUGGAAUUAACCAAGCUCAGUUUGCGCCUCUGCCCAGAGAAUGUCUACCUUCUAAUACGAGCGUUACUUCCUCCAGAUCUCAAGGUGCUUGGAGAGAUAUGCCUCCGCGGGUAUUUAGACGCCACCAGAUUCUUGGAAGAGAACGGCAUCUGCAGCGGGCCUCGGCAGGGCCUGAGUUUAUCUCCAGGAGAGUGGGGCUUCCUCGUGCCCCCCUCGGAACACACGAGGCCGGGGUCUCCCCCGAGGGCGGCUGCCUGGGGGACGAAGAUGGAGGGAGACGAGCUGCUGGACCACCUGCGUGUCAGCAUCCUGCCCUGGGACGAGAGCAUCCUGGAGACCCUGCCGCCCAGGCUCACCACAGCUCUGAGUGAAGCAAUUAAAAGCCAGCAGAGAUACAUGAGCAAGAUUUGCAACUCCUUGCCAGUUAAGAUCUUGUCCUUUGCGAUGCUGCCUUGUACGUUGCCCGUGGAAUCUGCCAUUGCUCUGGUCCAGAGACUGGUGACGUGGCUUCCAGAUAUUCCUGAGGACAUCCGGUGGCUACAGUGGAUCACCUCGCACGCGUGUUCUCAAGUGGUGACGCAUCUCUUCCCCACGCGCCAGGUUAUGUGAAUCAGUGAGGUGUUAGCAAGCCUUAGGAAAAAUCCGGUGCACAGACGGGCAUCCCCGGCCCCCAGGCAGGAGCCCAGCACAACAGAAGGGGCUUGUGGUCCGUGCCCCUUUUUCCUCAAUGGCCCCUUCCCGCUUCUGUACUCCCAGAGCCUCGACAGAGACAAAGAGACAGGGACCUACCUUCUCCCCAGGUGUGGUUUGUCAGCAAGGACAGAGUAAUGUGACUCAAGGUGAAACGUGUUUUCAUUUAUGCAUUCGAGUGGAACAGAAAAGACACUGAUCGGCUCAAAAUCCUCAGCAUCGGCUCACAAAGCUGCAGCCGUCACCUAUGCUGUGUAAGCACGUUGCAGCUGAAGAACCAGCAGGUUCAGACAGAGCACUUCCUUGCAAACACAUCCCCUUGAAAAGAGAAUGUGGUUCUAGGAACAGCCUCUGGGUGAGCCUUGAGCUGCCAUGAGACUGGGACCUCCCAGGCAGGCUCCUUGUGAACAUUCGGGGCCACCGCCCAGCGCCCAGAACCCCGCUUUGUGGCUCCUUGCUGGGUCCUUGUGUCUCCAGGACGUGGGCACCGAGGCUCCUGUUCUGAGAGCGCUUUGCCCCCUAAGUGAGGCAAGGGCUGGUGAGCGCUAGGUUCUCCCCGCCUCUUGAGCCCCAGAGCAAGGCACUGUCCCCCUUGCUGAGCUGGCCUGGGGGUAGGAGAGGCCGGGUCCACACCCACCUGGGCAAUUUGGAGCAUACCCUCACACCUUGCCCUGAGCCCCCGAUUCUCAAGUUUCCCGAUCACCGCAACUGUUAACAGCUGGUAGAAUGACAUGCAACUUAUUUUCUUACUACUUUCUGAAAUGGUUCAACCUCCUGAAAAUGAACACGUGUUUUAUCAUUUUUAGAAAAUGUGUGCUAAGACAAAGAAGGAUAAUAUUCUUUUAGAAAUGGCCAAGGCUCCACUCACCACCUGUGCCUUAAAUGCCACCCCACUCGCACCCCCCACAGGCCCUCACCUCUCCGGCACUGCUGAGGGUUCUUCUCAGCGCGGAAACACAUUCUGAAGUUCCUACCACCUUAGCAAACGAACCCCUUGCUCCUUACAUGGUACAUUUGUGCUCUGGAAUUUUCCACCGUCAGGAAUCAUCACUGUGUAGUCUACUGAAUGCCAGGGAGCCACAGUCUUUAUUUGGGGAACAGAUAAUGAAACUUGGUGCAGAGCAUGAACCUAGUCUUGGUUUAACCAUGACAACAGCAACAACAACAAAAGGUGUGCAUGUGGGUCUAUGGAGAAAAGACUGAAAGCACAUUCACCAGAAGCACUGAUGGUAGUGAUCAUUACGCUGUUAUCUGUAAUCGUAGUUUAUUUGCUGCACUUGUGUUUUGCAAAUUUCUAUGGUAAAUACUUAUCACUUCCACUGGAAAAGAUCUCCUAAUAAAUGUGACGUUGAAACGUU